CUGAUUGAAAGGCUGUGGGAACAACAUGCGUCAGCAUACACGCCUCGAGACACGGCAGUUAUGACAACGACAGGUCGGGUCGUGAAGGUUGCGUCAGAUACCGUUGUAGAAAAAGGUUUACUCUCAACGCCGACGCGGUAGCGCCGGCGUUCAUACAGUGUGAAUAGUAUGUCAUCACGCGCAGGUCAAAGUGUACCAAAAUGAAGCCGACAGGACGGAUGAAGGGAAACGUGAACGUGAAAGGCAUAGUCGAACUCACCUUCAGCCAUCCGGUUCCGGCUCCUUCCCACCACAAGACGAUCAACGCGCCAACGGCCCCAGGCCCGUGGGCCUCCAUGUGCAACCUCGAGCUGAGGCGUGCCCACUACAGGAAACUGAGAAGACAAGCACACACAUCAGCAUGAGGUUCGACACGCCACGUCUCACUGGGAAGCAUGUCUCAGAUACCGUUGUAGAGUAAGGUGAUUUCACAACGCGCGAGGGCGUUCGUAUGUUUGGGAAUAUAGUUGGCAUCAUCGGAAAGGAAGGACGGAACUAAGACUCACCGCUGUCAUCGGACCUGGCGCACCCGCUCUUUAACGACCAUUCGCCGCCCACUUAGCCCGGUCGCGAAGA